AUGAUUAUUGGUUCUAUGAACAUUAGGGGAGGGGGUAAUUCUUUAAAGAGAAGGAGGGUGAAUACUAUCAUUAAAAAAGGGAAAGCGGAUAUUUUUUUGAUUCAAGAAACGAAGAUUAAAGAAUUUAAGGACUUUUUUGCAAAGAGUUUUUGGAGCGAACAAGACAUCGGUUAUUCUUAUUCUAAUGCUUUGGGAGCUUCGGGGGGUUUGUUAAUUCUUUGGAAGGAAGGAAAGGUGGAGGUGGAUAGUAGUUUUAGAGGGGACGGUUAUCUUGGCGUCAAGGUGAAGUGGGAAAAUCAUUGGUACUAUGUUUGUAAUGUUUAUUCUUCUUGUUCUUCGGAAAAAAAGAAAAGGUUGUGGGAGGUGUUGGGGAGUUUAAAGGAGAAAUACAAAGAUGGGGAGUGGAUCAUUGGAGGGGAUUUCAAUGCGGUAAAAAAUAGAAGAGAAAGAAAGGGUUCUACGGCUUCGGCUAACCUAGGUGAGAUGAAUCUCUUUGCGGAUUUUAUCCAUAAGUCUUCUUUGGUGGAUAUUCCGUGUAAGGGUAAGAAAUUUUACGUGGUAUAG